CGAAAGUGUUUCGCCAUCAACUUCACUCAGAACACCCUCUAUUACAGCAAUGGCAAGAGGAGGUGGUCGUGGCCGCGGUCGUGGUGGCCGUGGUGGUAAGAGAGGUGGUGGUCGCGGCGGUGGUGGAGGCGGCAGAGACACCAGGUCCGAGCCAUGGUCGGAGAUCCAGCGCAAGAACGAGCUGUUCGAGAGCUACUACCGCAAGGGUGGUUUCAUGGAGGAGGCCGAGUUCGAGGAGAUGUGGAAGGCUCUCCAGCAAGACCUGCCCAACAGCUUCCGCUUCACUGGCACCAAGUCCGACGCCCUCGCUGUGCGCGAGAUCUUCAAGCAGCGCUACAUUCCCGCCAUCUCUGCGCAGACCUUCGAGGGCAAGCCCGUGCCCCCUCCCGAGCCUGUAAACGCCUUCCCCGACGAGCUUGUCUGGCACAUGAAGACGCACAAGAAGGUCAUUCGCCGACAUGCCGCCUUUGCCAACUUCCAGAAAUUCCUCGUCGCAGAGGCUGCGUCCGGGAACAUCAGCAGACAGGAGGUUGUCAGUAUGAUUCCUCCUCACUUCUUGGACGUCAAGCCAGGAAUGGUUGUCCUGGACAUGUGUGCUGCGCCUGGUAGCAAGUCCGCUCAGUUGGCUGAGAUGAUUCACGGCGAUGAGGAGGAGCGUGUCAGGCGGGCCGCGAACGGCGAGGAUGUUGGCAGUGGCGCAGACGGCGACUACAGCGACGACGGUCGAUCUACUGGUCUGCUCAUCGCGAACGACACCGACUACAAGCGCGCCGGCAUGUUGGUCCACCAGGUCAAGCGCCUCAACUUCCCGAACCUCAUCGUUACCCAGCACGACGCUUCCAUCUUCCCCUCCAUCGAGCUUCCUAGCAAGGCCGGCGAGAAGAAGCAGUACCUGAAGUACGACAGGAUCUUGGCUGAUGUACCGUGCUCUGGUGAUGGUACAGCCCGCAAGAACCCCAACGUCUGGCAGAAGUGGACACCCAAGGACGGGCUGGGUCUGCAUAACCUGCAGCUGCGCAUUCUCUUCCGUGGUCUGCAGAUGCUGAAGAAGGGCGGACGCAUGGUGUACUCGACCUGCAGUAUGAACCCUGUGGAGAAUGAAGCUGUUGUCGCGGCUGCGAUUGAGGCCUGCGGAGGUAUUUCGAAGGUCCAGCUUGUCGACAUGCCCGACCACUUGCCCAACCUCAAGCGCCGGCCUGGUCUGAACGCCUGGAAGGUCCUCGACACUUCUUCGGUCGCUGGAAGCAACGACAAAACUGCGCACAUGUUCACCAGCUGGGAGGCUUUCGAGAAGGCCAAGGCGAAGUAUGCUGUGGAGGAGCCAGAGCGCUCUUUCUCCCAGAAGAUCUCCAAGGGCUGCUUUCCCCCAAUCACCGCAAACCCUGAGGAGCGCAUUCCGCUUGAGCGAUGCAUGCGUGUAUACCCUCACCUUCAAGAUACCGGUGGCUUCUUCAUUGCCGUUAUCGAGAAGCUUGACGACAUUAAGGUUGCGCAGGUCCAGAACCCUGAGAAUGCAGCGAAGUCGAAGAAGCAGGAAGAGAAGACGACCGACAACACCUCGAUCCCAACUCCCGAGGAGAACGUCAUCGAGGCAGAUGCUACCAAGGACUCUGAGAGCCUGAAGCGCAAGGCGGAAGCCGCCGAAGAGUCCGCAGCACCCAAGAAGAUAAAGACCGAGGACACAGAGAACGGCACGGCACAGGAGACCACAACAGCUCCCGCAUCCGAGUCCACAACACCAGCACCUUCCAACCAGGUCAGCAAGCUCAAGCCCGAGAAGCAGGACCAGAAUAAGGAGUACUUUGAAUACCUCUCCCCAACCGACGAAACCAUUGCCAAGAUCCUUGACUUCUUCGGCAUCUCAGACCGCUUCCCACGCGACCGCUUCAUGGUCAAGAACAAGGAAGGCCUCUCUCUGAACAAGAUCUACUACACCUCUGGCUUUGCCAAGACAAUAAUAAACGCCAACAAAGAGCGUGGUAUGAAGUUCAUCCACUGCGGUGUCGUUAUGUUCGUCGCCCACAAGAUCAAAGACACGUCUUAUAUGCACGCACCCUGGCGGUUACAGUCCGAGGGUAUCUCCAUUCUCGAGCCCUGGGCAAGCAAGCGCAUUGUGAACUGCACGAGCAAGGCCACGCUCAAGCAGCUCAUCACCGAGAUGUUCCCUAAGCUGCCCAAGGAGGGCGAGCACGGACUUGGUGAGGUCGGUGACCAGCUCCAGGGUAUGGAUAUUGGGUGUUGUUUCGUCCGUGUCGAGAAGGACGACGCUCAAGACAUUCCGUUCAGGAUGGUGCUUCCGCUCUGGAGGCAUCCUGGGUCCGCGAACAUGAUGGUUGACAAGGACGACCGCAAGGCUAUGCUUCUGAGGCUCUGGGGCGAGAAGGACACUGAGAUUAUCAACCACGUAGCCGACAAGGCGAAGAGGGAGGCUGAGGAGGAGCAGGCUGAGGAGGAUGCUAAGGCCAAUGAGGUUGAGGGUGAGAACACUGAAGAGAUGGAUGUCGAUGAGAACGGUGGUGUUGCCGUUGAUGCUGAGGCUUAGGAGCAUCUCGACGGUCAGCGAUGGUAACCAAAAGCUUUGCAUUACGGGGACUCUGAAGUUCCGAUGCGUUUGACACAGCGUCAUGUAUUCUUACGAUACCUACUUUCCAGAGUAACGAGCAGCUCCGUUCUUG